AUGUAUCGAAAACUGGUACUUGCUGCAGUGCACCUGAUGGCUUUGGGCGCCCUUUCCUGUAUACCGACCACAGGUUUGUUGCUAUUUUUAAAAUACAUAAAAUUCUACUUUCAGGCAUCAUCAGUACUGAUUCGGACGUAUGCAUAGUUCCGACAAAAAUCUCGUCGCCGCUUAAUGCUGAAGAUCUUUUAUCCAAAGUGAUAAAUAACAAUCAUCCAUUUCCUGGCGGACGUGCAUUGAACUGCACGGCCAAAAUCACUGCAUUGAAAUUCGGCAAAGGAAGCACCUGCAGGACUGAGAUCAGUCAAGUAUCCUACAGCGCAUUAACAUGUUAUUUGGAUGUAAAGUUAAUUUCGGGUUCCUUUAAAUGCGAGGUAAAUUUAAACGCAUCUUUGUUUCUCCCAAUAGAACCUUAUUUAUGCAUUACGCGAUUGAGUUUCAAGCUGAAUCUUCAUGCACAUUGAUAUCAGAGUUUUGAGUUACCGUCAGAAGACUAAGCCUAUUACUUCUCCUUAAGUAACAUCCUUAGAUGCAAUUUUGCCAGAAAAUUGCGUUGUUACGUUUGACGGCGCCACAUUUUAAGGCCGUCAUAACGUCCUGUCGCUUGUUAGUGUAGUCUAAUGUUUGAUUGCAAUAUUCUGACUGCCGUACCAAAUAGUUAAUCCUUGAGUGUUUCCAUCGAGCAUAUUUGAUUAAAGAACAUAAUGAUAUGUUAGCUGGAGUCGAUGAGAUAUUACCUGACAUUCAAAGGCUGCAAACACGGAGCUUUUGGAAUAGAUGCUGUGCAGUGCUCAUUUACUCUACUACAAUGAACGGAUGCAUUUCAAACUGUAAACACUCUAGACAUUUCUUUCGGUGGCGGUGGUUAAUUGGGCCUCAUUUAACUCGACACCUGACAGCUGUCUCUAGUCCCUUGGAAAAGCUUCAUGGGUACCCAUUUCCCUUGACAUACUUAUGAUUUGUUAUAAACUAAAUGGACGCCACCUAGAACUGAAGGACGGAUAUAAGUAUCAUUAUUUAGCUUCAUGAUAAAGUAUGCAGUUGUUCUCCAGUCUGAAAGAGGGAUUUUCAGUUUGUCAACUAAAAUGUGUCAUUGAUUAUUUUACGGUAUAAUAGGAUAACGGAAAACUUGUCACGGGUGGUGACCCCACUGAACGAAAUCUAACCGCCAUUGUGAAGCUGGAACGUGACAAAGCCAAUCUGCUCACUCUCAAGAACGCGACACUGGGUUGGUUGAUUCAAGGACACAACGGUACACAAGGCUCCAAAGAAAAUUCGGAAGGCCUGUUUGAGAAAAAUAGGCCCUUUUCCUAUAUACUUUCCAAAUCGGUCCUGUUUCAAUGCCAGCUUCUUACAGUCAGAGGUAGUCAAUCCCGUUACUUUUGCAAUGCAUGCACCUUUUGUGUAUACUUCCUUGAGAAUGACGUAUGGCAUUUCUAG